UUUGCAUGUUAAGCUUUUCUCUGUGACAAGGGCUAGAACAGACAUGGGCAAACUACGCCCACAACUAGUGCUCCAGGCAGCGUGUACUUCUGCUGCAAAGAUGUGUGUGGUCUCUACAUGUUUUCACUGUGGAACCAACUUUGACUGGAAAUUAUCCCUGUGGGGCAGAAUGCUCACCCCAAACCAAGCACCAUUUCUGGCCGGAGUGCUGGGAGCAUUUCUGAACGUUGUUAUACACUUAGACAGCAGGAAUUGAAAAACUCUUUCUCCAUGCAAGCAAAAAUGCCUCCUUGUGACUUUUCACCUGGAAAAUAUGAGUCCUAUCCCUAUGAGCGUAUGCUGAAGAUCCGCAAACAGAAUCUGGCUCCAUCACUGGUAACGUACUACAAGAAACCACUGCUGCUACAUCAGGGACAUAUGCAGUGGCUGUUUGAUUAUGAGGGACGAAGGUACCUUGAUCUCUUUGCUGGAAUUGUUACUGUCAGUGUUGGUCACUGUCACCCGAAGGUAACUGCAGCUGCCCAAAAACAGCUUGGUCGUCUGUGGCAUACAACCAACAUCUACAUGCAUCCAUUAAUCCAGGAAUAUGUGGAGAAACUAACAGCACUUCUCCCUGAUCCGCUUAAGGUGGUUUACCUGACUAACAGUGGGUCAGAAGCCAAUGAUUUGGCCAUGUUCAUGGCAAGGCUUUACACUCGGAACUUUGACCUCAUCUGUUUCAGAGGAGGAUACCACGGAGGCAGUCCAUACACACUGGGCUUGACGUGCAUUGGAUCUUAUAAGCAUGGUGUCGCCAAUGCAUUUGGCUGCCAAAGUACAAUGUUACCAGAUGUUUUUCGUGGUCCAUGGGGAGGAAGCCAUUGCCGAGAUUCUCUGGUGCAAACUAUUCGGAAAUGCAGCUGUUCUCCAGGCUGUUGUGAAGCAAACAACCAGUACAUUGAACAGUUCAAAGACACUCUGAGUACUUGUGUGCCAAAGGCAAUAGCUGGGUUUAUCGCUGAGCCAAUUCAAGGUGUUAAUGGAGCCGUUCAGUAUCCUAAAAGAUUUCUAAAGGAAGCUUUUCAGUUAGUGCGUGAAAGAGGAGGCGUCUGUAUUGCAGAUGAAGUCCAGACAGGGUUUGGACGAACUGGCAGCCAUUUCUGGGGAUUUCAAUCACAUGGUGUAGUCCCUGACAUUGUUACCAUGGCAAAAGGAAUUGGCAACGGCUUUCCAAUGGCAGCUGUCAUAACCACACCAGAGAUUGCAAAUUCCUUGGCUCAGACCCUUCAUUUUAACACAUUUGGAGGAAACCCUAUGGCCUGUGUAGUUGGAUCUGCAGUUCUUGAUGCUAUUGCAGAAGACGGUCUACAAAAGAACAGCACAGAAGUGGGGACUUACAUGCUACUGGAGUUUGCUAAACUGAGAGAUAAGUUUGAGAUCAUUGGAGAUGUCCGUGGCAAAGGCCUUAUGAUUGGGAUAGAAAUGGUGAAGAAUAAGGACAGUCGUCAGCCUCUUCCAGAUGAAGAGAUGAGUCAGAUCUGGGAAGAUUGCAAAGACAUGGGAGUAUUGAUUGGCAGGGGUGGAAUUUAUAAGCAGACAUUCAGAGUUAAACCUCCAAUGUGCAUUACUAAACAAGAUGCAGCCUUUGCAGUGGAAGUAUUUCAUGCUGCACUAAUGAGACAUUUGGAAAGAACAGCUGCAAGUUAGACUCUGAACAAUGUUUCUCCUGACCCUCCAAGCCCUAAAAUCUUGUUAUAACUACAGCCGGGAAGAAAUGUAUAGUAUGAAGAUAAGAUUGAUCUACUUUUCCUGAACAUGCAACUCUAAAGAAUUUAAAUGUGAAAGAUUACCUUGACUCAGUUUGCUAUACCUACAAAAAAAAAAAUCAGUCUUAUUGUAAUGGUGUGUUAAGAAAACAAUACCUAUUGUUAACACAAAUCAAAUAUGAUUUUUUUAAAUUAGGUAGUGCCUUCUACCUAGACUGAGACUAGGUUUCCUGCCUGUCAGACCAGCAGGUGAGAUUGGCUGGUGUACUCAGGCUGGCACUACAUGAAAGGGCAUCUGACUACUACUGCCUUUACAAUGAUAUCAUAUCUGGGAUAGUUCUUCCUUUCUUUAUGCCUGGCUGUUUUGCUCUUAAUAGCUGAAAUUCUGGAUGUAGUUUCUACAGUGCUCUGUGUAAUCUUGCUCCAGUGACAUUUGCUUAGUAGCUUCCUAACCAAGACUGGAGACAGCAGCACACGACAAACAAUACUUCGCUCCUGAAAAACAGUUGAGUGGAAAACUAUGCUACUAUUACACUCAUAAUAGGGGUAGGAGUGAAAUUCCUCCAGAGCAGAGGGGCUGCUGAAAGCUCUUCAAGCAGGGGCUCAGUGAAGGAAAGUUGUAUGUGUAGCCUGUAACAGAAGGAUGGAUUUUGUUUAAUAGUUAUAGAGGAAGAUACUUAUUAAAAAAAGGUAAGGAAGGGUAUACUCAUUCAGCCGUGGGUUCUAAUCCAGUCUCCUGCCUACCCUCAACAGUGAUCUUUUCUCCUUUGACCAGUAGCAGCUCUCCCUCUUCACUCAGUACCAUCCCAGGCUGCUGACACAAGGUGCUGUGCUCCCCUCCUGUCAUCAGUAGAAAGCUCAUAGAUGUCAGAUAACCCUUUUUCCCUGUUCAGGGUAAAGACAUGAUUAAACAAUUCAGCUGUAAAGUAUAAAUUACAACUAAUUGUCAAUUCAGUUUACAAAUGUGAGUUAAUUUCUUGGUCCAAUAAAAGA